GUAGGACCUCGUCGGGUUGCGACUCACCGCAGGGCGGGGUCUAGUGCUGCCGGGAGGAGUUGCGGGUUUGGUGGGCGGUGGGGGGGGGGGCGGCUAGGGGGCAGCUGGCAGUGGACAUGGCGGCGGGCCGCAGCGGGGUUGUGCUUGCUGUCUUCGGAGUGCUUAGUAUUUGUACGGUCAGCGGCUCUGGGCCCGUGGCUGAGAGGGAGACCGGCGGGGAGGCGGGCUGGACGGAGCCAUGGGAUGGUGCGGUUUUCCGGUCGCCCUCAGCGCUGGGCGCGGUCGGGGUGGCGCGCAGUCCAGGAACCCCGCGGCCAGGGAGGGAGGAGGCGGUGGACUUGCCGGUGCUGCUGUGGUGGAGCCCAGGCCUAUUUCCGCACUUUCCGGGCGACUCGGAGCGCAUUGAGUGCGCGCGCGGUGCGUGCCUGGCGUCCCGGGACCGACGGGUGCGGGGGCACUCGCGGACGCGCGCGCUGCUCUUUUACGGCACUGACUUUCGCGCGUCUGAGGCGCCGCUGCCGCGCCUGGCACAUCAGAGCUGGGCGCUUCUGCACGAGGAAUCGCCCCUCAACAACUUCGUGCUGAGCCACGGGCCCGGCAUCCGCCUCUUCAAUCUCACUGCCACCUUCAGCCGCCAUUCGGACUACCCGCUGGCGCUGCAGUGGCUCCCCGGGACCGCCUACCUGCGCCGCGCGGCGCCUCCGCUACAGGAGCGCGCCGAGUGGCGCCGCCGCGGCUACGCGCCUUUGCUCUAUCUGCAGUCCCACUGCGACGUGCCUGCGGACCGGGACCGCUACGUGCGCGAGCUGAUGCGUUACAUCCCGGUGGAUUCCUAUGGGAAAUGCCUGCAAAAUCGGGACCUGCCCACUUCGCGGUUACGGGACACAGCCACAGCCACCACCGAAGAUCCAGAGCUUUUGGCCUUCUUGUCUCGCUAUAAGUUCCACUUGGCCCUCGAAAAUGCCAUCUGUGAUGACUACAUGACAGAAAAACUUUGGCGCCCCAUGCAUCUCGGGGCUGUGCCUGUGUAUCGCGGCUCUCCUUCUGUAAGGGACUGGAUGCCCAACAAUCACUCCAUCAUCCUCAUUGAUGACUUUGAGUCACCUCAGAAGCUGGCAGAAUUUAUUGACUUUCUGGACAAGAAUGAUGAGGAAUACAUGAAAUACCUGGCAUAUAAGCAGCCUGGGGGCAUCACCAACCAGUUCCUUCUGGAUAGUCUGAAGCAUCGGGAGUGGGGAGUGAAUGAUCCUUUGCUGCCUAACUACCUCAAUGGCUUCGAGUGUUUCGUCUGUGACCAUGAACUGGCUCGGCUGGAGGCCGAGAAAGCUCACGCAGCCUCUCCUGGGGAUAUCCCUGGCCCUGAACCUCACAUUGCCCAGCCCUCACACAUGGAUUGCCCGGUGCCCACACCUGGUUUUGGCAGUGUGGAAGAGAUUCCUGAGAAUGACAGCUGGAAGGAGAUGUGGCUGCAAGAUUAUUGGCAAGGUCUGGACCAGGGGGAAGCUCUCACUGCCAUGAUCCACAACAAUGAGACAAAGCAGAUGAAAUUUUGGGAUUAUCUACACGAGAUCUUCAUGAAAAGGAUCCAAAAUCUCUAAUUAUCCUUGCAAGAGCCUUUAACUUGGUAGAGUUAAGGAGACAGAAGUCCUUAUUCUACUAUCAGGGGCGUCUGCUGCACAACCUUAAUGAACACUGUCUUAUCAUGAGUCCAAGGAAUUCCAUUUAUAGCCACUGAUAUUUUAUCCUAAUGUUGUGUACCCACUGUCUCAGCUUGUGGUAAUAGGGCCUGUCUUCAAGGAGAGGUGGAGGUCUCCAGUUCUUAGAUUAGUGGGAAGCAAAUGCCUGAAACACCCACUUGUUUCAAAGUGCUGAUUGAACAGAAUUUUAAAAGAACUGCAUCUUUUUCUAGCCAUCUCAUUCUCUCAACUGUGAUUGGAACAACACCUUGGUACUUGUUUAAGAAUGAGGUAAGGUGGGUCAGAUUUAAGAUCUUAAAACUUUGAUGCUAUUCUUUAAAACUUUUCAUUAUUCAGUACCUUUCCUAAUCUGUUUUCCUCAUCUCCUGCUUUAUAAACUGUUAUGUUGGUGGUGAAGCAGAACUCUUGGUGGGUUGUAUUCUGGUUCUUAGAGUUGUAUUUUUAAUAUCAUUUACUUGUCUUCAAUGUCAAACUUUUUAUUUUAAAUGGAUUUUUCUUUCUUGGUUUUCCACAGUAGCUGAUGAAGAUGCAGGAGCCUUGCCACCAUCCCCACACUCAUUCUCCCCUGCAUUAAACUGACUAUAGACUUGACAGCUUUUUUUACUCCUGAUUUGCCUUUUUUUUUCCCCUUAAGAGUAUAUCAUGAAUUCCUUCUCAUCUCAUAAACAUGAAGAUUCAAUGGCUAAUAUAUGCCAUGUCAAUUUAAUGAAUUGUCCUGCUCUAUUUUAGGUUGCAGAUAGAGACUCAGGCUGGAAAUGAUGACAGAGUAUAUAUCAUUCAUAUAUAUUUAAAUGAUUUUGGAAUGUUAAAAUAGACCAGUGCAAAUCAAACUGCAGAUUUUUAUAGGUCUUUGUCUUUUCUAUUUGCCUAAUGAACUCUUCUAUUUUACUAUUUUUAUAUGCUACCAAAGUCUCGUUUUCCCCAAAGAGUCAUGAAAAUUAUGUUGGAAAAAACAACCCAGCAAUAUAGUUGUAGUCAUUACCUCAUAUUAUGUAGCAUUUUUCACUUUAUGUGGAAUGAAUAUUCAAACAUCAUUCUAUUACCAGUAUCUGUCUGUACAACUUUGUAGUACUUACUGAGACUGCAUUUUGAUGGAGCUCACCUAAGGUCCUCUCCAGGGGAAGUGAGGCAAGAGAUAUCCACAAGAGGCUAACUAAAUAAAAAAUUGUUAGGCAGAUUUUAGGGUAUAGCCAAACCCUUUUAUCGCUGUGGUUUGAAUAUAAAGCUUAAUGGGCAGGGAGACCAUUAGGUUUUUCUGGGCCAGUGGAAUAAGAAAGAAUACUUUGGAUUUUAGCACUACUCUGAUUGUAUAAUAUAUUGUAUAAUAUAUUAAUGAAUUAAUUAAUUCAGUUUAUCUGUUUGGAAAUUAAUGUAUGUACUUCUAUAUACACGUAUACACACUGAUAUACAACCAGAAGUGUGUGUGUGUAUGUUAGAUGCUUCAACAACUAGGGUCCCACCCUUAAUAUUGUGACAUCUAAGGAUGUGGCAGCUGUAAUUGGGGUUGGAUUUCACUGCCAGGGUGGUUCUUUUUCCAUUUAAUUUUUUAGUAAAAAAUACCCUUCACAACAGCAUGGAAAGUUUGCUUAACCUGUUUGAGCUUGUUCAGAAAAGAACAAGAGGGAAAGACAGACCUUCAAACAUACUUAUAUUAAAAUAGUAGCGACCCACAAAAGAAGUCGAAUUCAGGACUCUGAUUUCUGAAUUUGCAAUCUACUUAAAUGCAGGUGCUGAUUUAUAGUGCAAACUACAUACUACUCAAGUGCAAACUAAGGUUAGGAAUCAAGUUUCAUGAUGUGCAAUAAAAUGGGUAAGUGCCAAGUGUAUAACCAUCCUUACCUCUCCUAAUUAGACCAGUUCACACUGGCAUUCCUUAGCACUUUUAUGUACAAAGUGGGCCAGUUGUUUAUGAAUUAUUGUGGCUGGAGACUCAUGCCUGCUUUGUGGACAGUGCUUCCCAGACUUUCUCCUUUAAUCCUAUCACAAAAGAAGUAUUCAUAAAAGACCACGGUAAACCAGGUGCUAUGUUUCCGCAAGAGAAAGCAGAACCAAUAUGAAGAGAAAGCAAACAAUGUGAAUUUUCUCUGGUUUGGGCCCAGCUUGCUCUGUGAACAGCAACAGGCUCAAGAUUAUUGGUGGAAGAAGUGUCUGACCAGGAAUCAGUUUUAUUUGUGCUGCUGGGGUGGCAGUGGAGUACGGGACUGAUGUCUUUAUUAAUCUGUAUGUUGCAGUUCUCUAUUUUCUUAUGUUUCAUUUUGUAUAAUAAAUGACUUCUUUUUAAACAGUG